AUGCCUGAGGCCGACUCCGAGCUUGUCAUGUUCCUUCGUGCGUUGUCGCGAAUUCUGGGUUGGGCGUACUUCUUGAGCUGGUCUGCCUCAUUCUAUCCGCAAGCGUUCAACAACUGGAAUCGAAAGUCAACUUUGGGGCUUGCAAUUGAUUUCCCUACGCUUAACAUUCUCGGCUUCACCUGCUAUGCGAUCAACACUGCUACUUUCAUGUACUCUCCGACGAUACGAUCACAGUAUGCCUAUCGCCAUCCUUCCGCGCCCGAGAACACCGUGCAAUUCAACGACUUUCUGUUCGCCGCACAUGGCGCUUUCAUGUGCGUGAUACUAUACAGUCAAUUCUACACAUGGAUCUGGGGGUUCAGGGUGGGCGCGCGACAGAAGGCAUCGAAGGCAGCCCUGGGCAUAUUCUGGGGAUGCGUGUUGGCGAUACUCGUCACAGUCUGCCUUGCGCAAGUGCUAGGGAAGGAUUCAGGAUAUGACCCCAGUGGUUGGGCCUGGAUUGAUGUGAUCUAUGCGCUAGGCUAUGUGAAAAUCAUCACGGUCGUGAUGAAAUACAUUCCUCAGGCCUGGGUCAACUUCAAGCGAAAGUCGACAGACGGAUGGAGCAUUUAUCCGAUGUUGCUCGAUUUCGCGGGUGGCUGGCUUUCUCUGGCACAAUUGAUCCUUGAUUCCUCGCUCCAAAACGACUGGAGCGGGAUCACUGGCAACCCAGUUAAGUUUGGCCUUGGGAACAUCACAAUCGUCUUUGACAUCAUCUUUUUCGUCCAGCACUAUAUACUUUAUAGGCAUCCUGCGAAAAGCGCUGAAGAGGAAGAAGAUUGGAGCCAUGAGCGAGAGGGAUUGCUUGCAUAG